CUCCUUCACAAAGCGUACAAUUCACAAACACCUUGUUAUUCUCUCUUUACUCUCUCUAUUUCUCUCUCUUCAACCCCUACGAAGAUCUUCUUCAAGAAUCGAUCAUGAAAGGAGGUAAAUCCAAGACUGAAACCAGGAGCGCAAAGCUCUCUGUGACUAAGAAGCCUGCUAAGGGAGGCAAAGGUGCUGCUAAAGAUCCAAACAAACCUAAGAGACCUUCCAGUGCCUUCUUCGUUUUCAUGGAAGAUUUCCGUGAGACGUACAAGAAGGAGCACCCCAAGAACAAGUCUGUCGCAGCUGUUGGCAAAGCUGGUGGUGAAAAGUGGAAAUCCUUGUCUGACUCUGAGAAGGCUCCUUAUGUGGCUAAAGCUGACAAGCGCAAGGUUGAGUAUGAGAAGAACAUGAAAGCUUACAACAAGAAACUGGAGGAAGGUCCAAAGGAAGAUGAGGAAUCUGACAAGUCAGUCUCAGAGGUGAACGAUGAGGAUGAUGCUGAGGAUGGGAGUGAAGAGGAGGAAGACGAUGACUAAGAAGUUGAAGUUAUGGUAGCAUAAUAUAGAAGGCUGCAAGGAAUCUCUCGGAUGUUUUUAUCUCUUCUCUUAAAAUGUUAAUUCGGCUGGUUAAAGUGGGUCUUUUUUUUUCUUUUUUUUUUACUGAUGUUUCGUUUUAGUAAGCAAUCACCUAUCUUCCCACUGAUUCUACGGGUAAUGGAAAAAGUAUGUAGAAUGUCUAGAUGGUGAAUGAGAGAUUUGCAGCUUUAUAUAAUGAAUGAUUUAGCUUUUU